UUAAUCUUAUUCUCUAUUUAGAUUUUUGGGCUUCUCUCCCUCCGCUUUCUCGUUAAGUGCAAGCAUAGGUUAAUUGGGAAGGAGUGCAAUACUCAUCGCUCAUGCAAAAGUGAGCAACAAAAAAGUGAGGGAGAAUUUAAUUCCUUCCCACUCCUUAACAAGUAGUGGCAUGAGGGGAGAGUAAGCUUUAGAAGAGACAAGUUUUCCUUUUGUCUCUUUUAUUAAUUAUUACUACUUUAAAUCCCUCUCUUAACUCAAACGUUUCUCUCUCUCUUUGUACCCCUCAGUCUCGAUCUCUUUUAGUUUCUAUAUUCCAUUUGUUUUAUAGAAGCAGAAGAGGAAAACAAGGAAAAGAAGAUCUCCAUAAAGGGAAUGACUGAGGAAGGGGAGAGGAAAACAAGGAAAUGACUCAGUGCAAGGACCCUGAAAACAAUCAUCAUAGCAUCAUAGUGGAGGGACGAAAGGAUAGCUUAAUUAGAACUUGUCCUACAUGUGGUCAUCAUAUCAAAUGCCAAGAACAGGCUGGUGGAAUUCAUGAUUUACCUGGACUACCUGCUGGAGUGAAGUUUGAUCCCACAGAUCAAGAGAUUCUUGAACACUUGGAAGCGAAAGUGCGCUCUGAUAUUCAUAAACUUCACCCCCUAAUUGAUGAGUUCAUUCCCACUCUUGAAGGCGAGAAUGGAAUCUGCUAUACUCAUCCAGAGAAGUUGCCAGGAGUUAGCACAGAUGGCCUAAUUCGCCAUUUCUUUCAUCGUCCUUCCAAGGCAUAUACAACAGGAACAAGGAAAAGAAGAAAGGUGCACUCCGAUGAGGAUGGUAGUGAAACCCGUUGGCACAAAACAGGUAAAACUAGGCCAGUCUACAACAAUGCCAAGUUGAAAGGGUACAAGAAAAUUCUUGUACUCUACACUAACUAUGGAAAGCAAAAAAAGCCUGAGAAAACGAAUUGGGUCAUGCACCAAUACCACCUUGGAAGUGAUGAAGAGGAGAAGGAAGGGGAGUUAGUGGUCUCCAAAGUUUUCUACCAAACACAGCCUAGACAAUGUGGUUCCCUCAUGAAAGAUUCAUCAAUUCCUGGGAAACUUAUGAAGGGUCAAGCCGUGCAUGAGGUAAUCAAUAACAAAAACAAUAAUAAUGGGUUUGUGAAAUACUACCAUCCAAAUUUCAUAUCAUUUGAUCAAGGGGGGCAACAUAGACCUAGCAGUGCUCAAGUAAUUUCCCACCAUUUUCCUGAUCAUGGUGCUUCUUUUAAUAUUCCUUGAAUGAAGUGGUGGAGAAUAUAUAUAUAUAUAUAUAUAUAUAUAUAUAUGAAGGUGAAUUUAAGAUAAGAGCCCUUAAAAGGAGAUGGAGAACAUAUAUUAAAAUAUAUAAUAUAGAAUUCAUAAUGCUGAGGCAUUACAAUCAUAUUAUGCAAAAAUAAAAUAAGUUAAUAACCUAGAAAAAGGUGGGCAAGAAUAAGGAGAGAAAUUGCUUCAUUUGAAAACUAAUGCAUAGAUACUCAUAUUGAGGAAGAAAGUUUGGCGAAGUAAAUGAGAAGAUUUAGAUGUAACACUUUUUCUUUCUUCCCUCCCUUUAUAUUUUUUGAGGGCACGUAGUUUCUAAAUGUCAUGCUUUGUACAGUAGUAUCAAAGGCAUCCUGUCAUGCCCUUGCUUGGGUAAUUAACGACUAACCAUCAACCUGUACAAACAUGACUUUUACCUUAAGCAGUCUUGAGCUACAGAAUCUACAUC